AAGCCCCGUGAGUCACUGCACAACCCAUCAAUCCAAUUAAAUGUCUUGUGCUAGUCGAGCGGGCGGUGCUGCCGCCUCAGCCGCUCCUCGCCUCCCUCACAUCCAUGGCUGUCCGUCCGUGCUGGUCCCAGUGUCACCUCCUCCCCCUCAGCCAACCUCCACCUCUGCUUGGGGACUGCAAAGGGAUGGGAUAGAGCCAAAGCGACUCCUCCCUGCCUCCCCUCCAGCCCUAGUUGAUUAAAGUCUGGUCCUCCUUUAUCAUUAUUUAUUUACCCCCAUUAUCAUCAUUAUUUUCAUUGACACCCUUCUUGGAGGGGGGGGGGGUUGAUUUCUAUUUCUUCCCACCCUCCUCUUUUAAUUCUUCCAACCUCCCCUUUUACUUUAUUCCCCCCCCCCCCCAAACUAGCAAUCCCCCCCCCCACACACGCUCCCCAUCCCUUCAGAUUUGGAGCUGGACCGUGUGAGUCGAGUUCUUCCGAAAAGGAUAUAUGUUGGGUAAAGGAGGAAAACGGAAGUUUGAUGAGCAUGAAGAUGGGCUGGAAGGCAAAGUGGUGUCUCCCACUGACGGUCCAUCUAAGGUGUCGUACACCUUACAGCGCCAGACUAUCUUCAACAUUUCCCUUAUGAAACUGUAUAACCACAGGCCACUGACAGAGCCGAGCUUGCAAAAGACGGUUUUAAUUAACAACAUGUUGAGGCGAAUCCAAGAGGAGCUCAAACAGGAAGGCAGCUUAAGGCCCGUGUUCAUCACCACUUCCCAGCCUCCCGACACCCUCGGUGACAAUUACCGGGAGGCCCAGCCUGCUUUCAGCCAUCUCGUCUCGCCGGCGGCUCACCCCACCGACUCGGUCAGCACUACACCGUUGGAGUCCUGCCUCACUCCGGCCUCUCUGCUGGAGGAUGACACGUUUUGCACUUCCCAGGCCGUCGAACCCGGCGGCCCCACCAAACUCCCCCCUCCGACUAUCCAACCCGUAAAGGACAGUUUCUCCUCGGCCUUGGACGAAAUUGAGGAGCUCUGUCCACCACCUACCUCCACUGAGGCAGUAGCAGCAGCCGUAGCAGCCACAGACAGCUCUAAAGAGAACUCCAGCGGGUCGAACGCUCAAAAGUCGGAGGGAGUCCAAGAGAGCCGAACAGGUGGUGACCCCAAGCUGAUGGACUCUCUCCCCGGCAACUUCGAGAUAACCACGUCCACGGGUUUUCUCACGGACUUGACCCUGGAUGACAUCCUCUUCGCCGACAUCGACACGUCGAUGUAUGAUUUCGACCCCUGCACCCCCGCUACCGGGGCUGCCUCCAAAAUGGCUCCGGUGUCGGCGGACGACCUCCUCAAGACUUUAGCCCCUUAUAGCAGUCAGCCAGUCACCCCAAAUCAGCCUUUCAAAAUGGACCUGACCGAACUGGAUCAUAUAAUGGAGGUGCUCGUUGGGUCGUAAAGCCGACGGAACCUAGCAACUUUUUUAUGUCCCAGUAUACCCACUCGGAAGUGUUUUUUUCCACCCCCUGCGGAUUCACAGCACUGUGCAUGCGUCCUUGCUUGCCUUUGUCACAGAAAAGGAUCACACUAGUUUUUGCUUCAAGCAGAGUUGGAGUGCCUUCAUCCACGUACGGCCACUUCUGGCGAUUGGAAGUGGUUCCUCAAGGAAGACCUGGAUCUCCUGGGAGAGCAAAGAAAAACGUAUUGAUGAUAUAUUACUAUGUUGUUGACACACAUACACACACACGAAACAAAUAUUGGGAUUGUAAAAGCGAAGCACAAGGAUUAAGUUGGGGAAAGCUGUAAAUUGCAUGUGCAUAUCUGUCUAUUUUUUCUAUAAGUUUUAUUGCAAGAGGUAAAAAAAAAAAAAUUAUUAUUUAGAUAAUCUCAGUACCUUUUUUGGCAUUUUAGCCCUGUAUAGGUUGACUUUAGCAAUUCAGCCGUUCAGAGGCAUUAGCUACUCCUCUAAGUGUUGCAUUUACAUGGCUGUUAGAAACUGCUGCCCAAAUUUAUUUUAUAUUUUUGUACAGAUUCUGCAGUUUAUGAUAUUGUUUUUCUAAAAACAGAUGCUGUUUAUACACACACAAAAAAAAAUAGCUAUUUUGAUAGGAUUUGCUCACAUAGUUCCUGCAUACUUCAGACGUACAAGGUGCGCUUGUACUUUUAUACAGAGUUGUAAUGUUUUAUAUGUGUAUGGUGCAAAGAGAAAAUUGGAUCAAAUUAAUCUGCAGUUGAUCUCCCUGAAUGCAAACACACCCAAAAAGUGCUUUGAAGAAAGGGCCGGGGAAAAUUACACCCAAGUUUCACAAGGACUGACCCCCCCCACCCCCCGGUAUCUCUAAACACCUGUGCACUACUGUGAUUUCUAAACCUAGAGCCAUGUCUACUCACAAAACACGUGUUAAGCGGUUGGCAGGAAACAGCAGUGAAACUUGGGUUUUAGGUGAUGGUUCUUUGUGGCUUUCUCUUUUGAGGCGAAGGCUACCGAAAAAAAACUAGGGCCUCACGCGUGCCCAGCUGUGUUUUCAAUUUUUUUAAAAAUCCCAGAUGCUCCGUUUUUAACCUCCGAUUUCCUUUGUUUCGCAAAAUUCGUUAGCGGGGUUGCCACAAGUUCAGCAUUACGUCCGAACUGGAUUGGGUGGCAGGCGGCCAUUCUACGAAAUUGAACUACCUGUUUCAAUGAUAGAGGUUGUUUUAUUUUUAAAAGGCAGACCCAGUGUUUUCUUAAUGAUCUUUCUGUUCAGUUUUUACGCGCCCUUUCUUGAAGCAUUUUUUCACUCUAUAGGCAAGUGCUGAAAACAGCAUCUUCAGUAUUACUGCAGUGAAGCUCAUCUCUUACCUGCACUGGAUGGACUCUUACUUAAAUAUCCAUUGCCGUUGAAACUGGAGUUAGUCGCGUUACAUCCUUUGGCAUCUCCAAAUCUGGUUGGUCUCUUGUAUCAACUGUGUUAACUAACUGCUUUACACUUUAUAAGCCUGUUUUACAAUGAAUAUACAGACACAGCUUUCUAUGCAUGUUUCCCCCAUAACACCUGAGAAGUCUUUUGUUACUGCACCAAUAGCAUUUUUAUUCGUUGUGGUGUACAUCUGAUUUUUAAAUGUUUGCAAUGUAUCAUGCCUGUCGCCGAAACCGUAAUGGCAUUUUUUUUUUUUUUUUUUUAAUGGUACUUUAGCUGUUGAGUGCAGGUUACAACCUAUAUUGUUGAAAUGCAUAUGGCUUCUUUAGGAAUAACUUUUAUAUUUAUUUAAGAAAGUUUAAAUUAUGUUUUAUGUCAUUUGACGAUAUUCAGUCAAUUCUGCUCACUUCUUGCCAUGGAUAAAAUUGGGUCUUUUCUGCCUAUUGAAAAAGGCACUUUAACCAGGCCAUAGACUAUUUUAUAUAUUUAUAUGAUGCACAUGACAAAGCAAAUAAAUUCGUGAUGAAGGAACUGCUCAUCUAAGCAGAAGGCUCGUGUUCGUGUAAGAUGAUUAAAUCCUUCCAGAUCCUAAUUUACUUUCUACCACCUUUAGUGUGUUUUUUUUUUAAAAAGGAUGAUUGUCAACUCAGUGAAGCAGCAAGAAACUGAUGGAGCUGCUAUUGUUCUCUUGCAAGGGACCUUAACAUUGCUAACUUUUUUUAGAUACUGCGAACAGAUCUGACAUUAACCUUUGGGAGCAUGGGGGACCAUUUUCAGCUGAGAGUUGGCAAGGGAGAGGCGAGAGGGAUUGGCUUUAUUUGGAAUUCAGUGUCAGUAUGAUUAUUAUUCAUUCCGGAGCUUCCAUUCCUGGUAGAAGAACAAUUCUGCCCCAGACUCCAUGAUUUUUACAAACGUAGGUGUCGGAAAACUGCAGCCUCCUGCUCAAAACACACACACACACACGCAUAUCACGCACACUAGUGUUGAUUGUUCAGGAUAACAAUAUGGCAAGCGAUCGAUUUACCAUUGUUACGGCAGAUUUACAGUAACUUAGAAUGACUGCACUUUCGUUGGAUUAGCAAAUUGUGUAUUUAAACAAGUACCAUAUGUUAGGCAGCAGUUCAAAUAAGCGCCAUUUUCAGAGCAGAGGAGCGUUGUCUAAAAGUUAUUCUUUGCAUUUUUUUUUUGCAAGACAGUAAAAAAAAAAAAAUGUAAUCCUCUCAACUCCCUUGCUGUAAAUUCUUGGCCGUUGAAGCCUUGUGAGUAAGAAAGUAAAACGUCAAGGUGAUCCAUUUUAAAAAAGGACAUAACGAGCGUCUCUUUUUUCUUUUUCUUUUUUUAAAAAAAAAAAACGAUGUAGUAAAAUGGAGUAAAUCUUAUUGUGGCUUCAAACACCCUCCCUCACCUUCCCCAAGUCUGCGGAGGGACCUGCUUUGGGAGUUCAGUUCUACAGCAGGAACCAUUUCCGUUCGCGGUGCGGACAUCGAGGAAACGCGGCCGAGUCCGAGUGGCACAUCCACGCUGGGCAGGGAGGGGAGUAGAGUGACACUGAUGUGCAAUGAAGUGACAAGACGAGAGCAGAAUAAAAGAGCUUUGGAGUUGAAGUGAUUUUUUUUUUCAUAAGUUAUUUAUUCCUUUUUUUUCCUUUGUAAAUAUAUUUAUUUUAUUGUGAAGCUAACAACAUCUGGAUUGUAACAUGUACAGAAUGUAUGGUAGGAAUGUAUUCUCUUGUAGGAAUGUAAAUCUGUAUUAAAAGGGGAUCGGAGCCAGACUCAUGGAAAAUGAACUGAGUUCUUUUCAUGGUAUGCACGGUUCACAUUCGUUUUUACUCUCUUUUCUAAUGUGGGUCUGUAUGAAAUAUGCAAAAAAGUAUGGAUGAGGCUGGAGAUGGUUUCCCCCAAACCGUUGUGAAAAAUCAGGGCUCUGAAAGUGACUUUUUUAGGCAAGGUCCUGUAUUAAGGAGAGUGUAACCACAGUCACCGUCUCGGUCGUGGAAAAGAAUCAAAAACAAGCCCAAAGGCUCCACUAUACUUGAGUGUAUUUAUUAUUCUCGUUGGUCCAAGCGUUUAAACACCACAGCCCGGAGUGUCGUCACUGUCCCAAGCUGCGGUGUAGAAAAUGCGAUUAAUCAACAAACCCAUUUCACAGGACGGAGGCGUUUAAAGUUUAAAUUUCAUAAUCGCCGUGGAGCACAAGGGAAGAGGGAAUCAAUGGAGCGAAAACCUUCCUUAAAUGAAUGAUGUGAAGUACAAACUACCUUGUGCGGCAAUUGCGUCUCUUCUGCUGUAUGUUACUAGCCUAAAUUGCUUAAAUCUCGAUGUUGUGGAUCAGACCUUUCCACGUUCUGAAAAAAAUGGAGUUAAAUUAAAGAUGUUCCGGUGAAAAAUGGUUAAUUCCCUGCCACUGUUGCGCAAUUGAUCUUGAAGAGGUUUUCGUAUCCUGUUUCUGUACCAGUUGCUUUCAGUACUUCUGAGAAUUAGACCGAACGUUACUUGAAAAUGAGCAAGUUUUAAUUCAUUUUGGCUGGAAAGAAAGCUAACAAAUUCUGGGAUGCUUUUGGGAAAAAGGGGGGGAAAAAUGGGAAGAGAAACGUAAUCCAUACGUGUAAACAGCAAAAGAUUCUGGAAAAGGUGUAAAUAGUGUGAAAUGUUCAGUGCAUGGUUGUUGAGGAGGGCUUGUUGUUGUCAAAAAGAGGCUGUAAUUUUUCCCCCACAGACCUUAGAGCUGUGCCUUUUCUAUGCAAUAUUACAGACAUAUACAUCUGAAACCAGACUACUGUAUUCACAUGUAGGUAUGGGCUGUAAUCAAAACAAUUGGACAAAUGUACAUGGAAAUGAGCAGUCUUUUGUAGUUUUAUAUUAUACAAUAAACAGUUAAAAGAUUGAAAA